AGAAGUAGUAAUAAUUAUCAAAAUGAUAAAAAUUAUUUAAUAAAUGAAAUUGAAAAUUUGAAAAUGGUUAUAAACAAAUUAGAAAAUGAGUUGGAAUUUGAGAGAUUGAAUAACAGUACCAAUCAAUUGAAAAUUUUUGAUUUAAAUAGAGAUAAUAAUAAUAAUAAUAAUAAUAAUAAUAAUGAUAAUGAUAAUUAUGAUAAACUAGAGAUUAAACGACUAUCUGCGAAAAAUAAUGAAUUGGAAUUAUUAAUUAAUGAUCAAAACGAUGCAUUUAGCAGCCAAAUUAAAAGUCAUGAAAAGAAAAUUAAGACAUAUAAGAAUAAAUUAAGUGAAAAGGAAAAUUUUUUAGAAGAAUUGGAGAAUAAAUUCAGUGAAAGCCAAAAGGAGUUUAAAAGAGAAAUACAAAAUAAAGAAAGUGAGAUUUUGGAAUUAGAAAGUGAAGUUUUAUCAAAAGAGAAUAAAAUAAAGUUAUUAAAUAAAGAGAUUGAAAAUGUUCAUGAAGAUCACCAAACGGAUUUUGAGAUGUUAAAGAAGAAAAAUGAAAAUAAAGUGAAUUCAGUCAACGAAUUGUUAAAUAGUGAAAUCGAGGAGUUGCGGAAAAAACGAGAUGAAUUGAGUACGAAACUAUCAGUUAAAGAGUUUGAAAAUGAUGAUUUAACUAGGCAAUUUGAGAAAAUACGGAAUGCAAACAAAGAAUAUGAAGAAGAGAUAAUGAAGAUUAAAGAAGAUAUGAAAAAAAUGAUAGAUGAAUACAAUCGUAUUAAAGAAGAGAAAAAGGGAGAAUUUAAGGGUAAGGACAAAGAAAUUUUGGAAUUGAGAAAUGAAAGGGAUAGGCUUGAGAGUCAAUUGAGGAAAUUAAAUGAGGAUUAUAAAAUACUAAGAGAAGAUAUGGUGAAUAAAUUUGAAGAAUUGUUCAAUUCCAAGAAGGAGUUGAACAAUGUAAUUAAUAAACUCAAUAGUCAAAUUAAGAGUUUGGAGAUUAAUAAAGAGAUUGAUAACGAGGAAGAAGAAAAACGGUAUAGGAAUAAAUUGAUGUUGUUGGAUAAUCAAAUUAAGUAUUACCGAAAUAAAUUUCACGAACAGAUUUAUAUUACGAAAGAUUUAAAAUUUUUGAACUCGUUUAUGAUAAAGCAAAUAAAGAGUUGUAAUGAAAAUUUGUUAUAUGAUUUAGAGACGUUGGGAAAUGUUGGUAUUGAGAUUGGAAUUGAUGGUGAAAAUACGAGAGAAACGCCCAAAAGAAAGAAAUUCAAAACCGUUGCAUUGGCUGUUUUGGCAAUGGUUAGAUUAAAGAAUCGAUAUGAGAAGUCAAUUAAGCAGAAUGUUAAGAUGAAGGCAAUAGUUUCGAAUAUUGAGAGCAGUCGAAAAGUGUUGAUAAAUUUGGGAAAUAGUGAUAAAAGUGAUAAAAGAAUAAAUUCUAAAUAUAAUCAAUGAGGCUGGUAUAAUGUAAUAAUUUUGUUUUAAUUUAUGAUUUAUAGAGGAUUUUUUUUAUUUUUUAUUUUUUAUUUUUUAU